AUGGUUGAGCCUCAAGAAAGCUUCAGAGCUAAGUUAUACAAGUCUAACGCCUUCUAACAUGUUCUUAGCAACUAUGAACUCAAAAAAUUAAUUGAGUUAAGAGAGGUCUCCCAAAGAAUGGCAGAGGAAAUCGUUCCAAGAAAUAUUUCCGUCCUCAAGUUUGAAAUGCCAGAAGAUGAUGACGAUCAAAGCAAUAGCUUCCACAAAUAUAUCAGACAUGCCAAGAAAGUUGAGAUUAGAAAUAUUUGCGGAACCGAGGGUCAUUUGAAAUAACUUGAAAAUCUAGGCAAGAAUCAAAUGGGUCAGAUCGAAUAUCUUUAUUUGGAAUUCGAUGAUGAAGAUGGAACACAGGAAUCUGAUGAGCUCGCAAAGUAAUACAUUGAGGUCUUUAGAACCUACUUCAGUGGCAUUAGAAUCUUGAAGAUAGAGACAGUUGGAGAUAGAAACUUCUCCAAGAUGCUAGACUUGAUGAUGUAGGACUCCAAUUUCCCUUGGUUUGAAUCUGUCACCACCAUUAAAUGCUAUCAAAUUAGAUAUUUAGGAGAUAUGAAUAAGAUCAAGCUUUUCUUCACUAAGUUUAAGAAUCUAUAAACCUUCAAGGGUAUUACUGAGGAGGAGUUCAACCCAUUAGAUAUCUUCAUUCAAGAGUAAAAGAGAGUUCCAGCUAUUUCAUGGACAAUACCUGAGAAGGAGGAUCUUAGAAAGGCUGUACUCGACUUCCUUGAAUUCAAUCAAACAGUCGACCUUAGAGUUUAUGGAGGAGCAUUGGAAAAGAUCACACUAGAUAGUCUUUUUCUUGAUCACACCUAGCACUUAACUAUCAUAGAUAUGCCUUCAUUCGAUCUUUCUAGUGUUUUCAGAAACCUUCCUCAGCUAAAAACCUUGAGUUGCUAGAAUGUUGAUGACUUCAAAAAGGACAAUUUCAUUGUAGUCAAAGAACAUCUUUUAACUUAUACAGGUCUUGAGAAAUUAGGACUGGAAUUGCUCUAAUUUGAUUUAGAUGAAGUUAAGGAAGAUGUGUUCUAAAUCUUGAGACAUCACGCCGCUACAUUGAAAAAACUCUAUAUUGGAAGAAACAAAGUCAGCAAUGAUUUUAUGAGAGAACUUUGCAAUGCAAUUAAAGAAUUCAAUAUCAUUGAGGAAAUCGAACUUACUCAUCUCAAGGAAGCAAACAAGAUUAUUUGGAAGGAUUAUCUAGAUAGUCUUUCAUUGAUUGCCAAAGAUAGACAACUCUUACCAGUCAGAAUAAUUAUCAGUGAUUAUCAAACCAGAGCGAAGCAAAAGGAGAUCUUCAAAUACCUAGGAGAAAAUAAGCCAAACGUUGAGGUUAGAUAUAUUAAAUGA